UCUCCAGCAUCUGCAGUCCCCAUUAUCUCCAAGAUCAGACUGCCUGCGUUAGAAGUUGAAUCAAAUGAGUUUCCUUAGUUCAUCUUCGAUGGCGCGAUCAUUGAAGAAUAAAUAUUUUAUUCUCAACAGGAUUUUUAUGGUCUAAUGGUCCCUGGACAGUCUGACUACUCCGUGCCACGCGUUCACAACCACGAUCACCAUUUGCUUUGUAUCCCACCUACAUUAUACAUAGGAUUUCCUUGACCCCCCGCAAACAGUGCGGAUAAUCGCUGUGAAAUACCCCAGCGGCUUACCUCGACAAACCUCGUCCAAGUCUGGGACAUGAAAAGCAGAUUUCUCAAUUCUUGCAGCCAUCGCACUCAAUCCUGUCCGACUAUGAGGUUUCCCAGUGAACGCGGAGUGAGUUUUAUUCGGACGGUGGUUACUUAUUUGCACGGCCUGGGUGAAAUCUGGGACCAAUCCUACAAAGUUUACAGUCUGCAAAAAAAAACCUCACUCCGCCCCCAUCGCCAGAAGAUGGUAGUGUGGGAGGUCCAGCUCAACAGGAAGGAAAUGAAUUUGCAAAACCAUUCAAUCAUCCCAGGAAAUGCCAAUUUGCACAGAAAUGCUGAAGAAAAUUGGAGAGAAGAAAUGGAAGGUGAAACAAAUAUGAUGGGCACAAAAGAUGACAGUGAAAAUAGUGUUUUGCUAUUUUCAGAUGAAGAUAAUGAGACUGAGCAGUUGCUACAAGAUAUUAGUAAGAAGACAAUGAAAAUAGUUGCUGAGCAAGUGGACUCACCCAGCUCGACACACAGCUCAGAUGGAGAUCAUAUUCCUGAUACUAUUCAAGACAAAUAUCAGCAGAAUGUGUUGAAUUAUCGACCUGUGUGCACUAAUCCAUUUACUCCUCCUGGCGACUUUGGAAGAAAUAUGGUAGAGUUAUCAGACCGGGAAAGCACCGAUUCGGAUGGCAGUUUAUUUAAAACACAGCGCCCUGUUGUACCACUAAGACAGGCGAGAAAACGGGGCACCGGAAAAUGUCCACCCAGAUCAGCCAGAGAUCAAACUGCAGAAAAUACUGACAGCUCGACCGACUCAGAUGACAUUCCAUACCGUCCAAAUUAUGUGAUGGUUGGUCAUGUAAGGAAAUGGCGACAACACAAGAAAUACAGAAACAAAUCUGUUUAUAAGAGGACUGGGCGUCCAGUAGGAAGGCCUCGAUCAUCCAUAACCAAGGCUGAGAAGAGGAGGAGAUUGAAAGAACGAGGGCUGCAGUUUCCAUUUGUGCAAAAGGAAUACGGAAGGAAGCAUUUACCAUUUAAGAUGAUUUUUGCCUAUGAGCAAGCAGCUCUGUGUGGAUUAUUUACUUACAUGAAGGAGCUAAAAUGUCAAAAGCACCUCAUAAAGUCCUUAGAAAAAAUAAAUGUAGACUGUCCAGACAGAGAGUGUGGUCCAGUGAGGCAAUGCAAGUACUUGGAUGAGAAAAGACCAGUUUCACCGAUACAAGAAAGCAGUGAUGAAACCUGCAUUGAAGACUUCGAUAAUGAAAACACUUUCGGUGUAAAAGUUGUGGAUAACAGCUGUUUUGUAAUGGAAAAGUUUGGGAAAAAGAAAAAGAGCCUGAGGGAAAAAAACUCCGAUGACAAAAAUAAAGACGAAUGUAUACCUAAUGGUGAAGGUAAAGCCAUUGAGAAAAAUAAAUCAGUAACAGGCCAACAAAAUAAUACAGAGUCUUCCUCUACCUGAAAAUUGUGACAGAACAAUUGGCAGCAAUGAUAGCCCAUUGCUUAAUCAGCCAGUCUACAAAGAAUAAGUGUAUCAUUUGAUGAACUGGAAAAUGUGAAAACACAGGCAUCUUUCAUUUUCUGAAGAAUCCCAAGAUCAGUGAACGUUCAAAAGAAUGAGACAGAAUGGUGGUUAUCACAUAAAGGAAAGAAUUCUAGAGCGAUUGGAAAUUGAGUCAGUGCAUCCAGUCCCUGUCAUCAGCAUCUCUGCAAGAAAUGUUUCCUUUGAGCAGAGUGAACCAAUCGAACAGCUUAACAAUGAUAAAAAUUUAUUGUCAAUAUCUAAAGGAAGAUGAAUAACUGCUAAUGGGAAUGACUAUUUCAUUGACUAGCCAUUACUAACCUUUUUUUUAAUGAACAGGUCACCUGUUGGACUGGAGAAUUUAAUGAGUAUCAUAAUGGCACUCAAUUAAUAUUCCUGCUAAAAAUGGUUUUCACUGCAGUGUGUGCAUGUUCAUAACUGAGAAACUGAGAUCAGUAACUUACAGUUGGCUAAAAUGUCUGUAAAAAGUCAUCUUGUAUUCAUUUUGAGGACUUUCUGUUGUCAAGAAUAUACAAGUUAAAAAAUUACGCAACUAAGUAGAUACUUGUCAUGCUGUGGGCACACCUUGUGCAAAGUGAAAAAUAUACUUGCUGUCCAAACAACAACUCGAUAUACUGUGCAAACUAGAGUCUGGCUAAGAAGUAGUGGCACCUAAAAUAUUGUUUUAAAAAUAACCUAAUAAGCAAACAUCAAGUAUUUAUAAUCCAAAUCUAUAGAAUAUGCAAUUAAUUAUUUAAUUUAGACCUUUGCUAUUUCACCAGUAAUUAUUUCUGCAAGAAAUUUAUUUUGGCAGACGUUGAAUUGAAUUGAAAAUUGGUACUGGAAAUUGAACAUAAGAUUACAUUUGCAGGAAUUGUUUUGUGUGAGCAUUGUGGUAGACAGUGCUGAAUAGCAGUCUCUUGCGGAUGUGCAUGACUUAAUCUUCAGUGACACUCAUUUUUAUUUUGUUGAAUGCUACAGAGAAACACUUAGUUUGUGUGAUUAAUAAAUGGAUUAUUAAGUUGAACUUUUGAUGGUUUUAUACAUUUUACAAAUAAUAUAGCUAAAAUUGGUCUUUUCAACCUGGAAAUGUCAUUUUUGAAUGAGGUUUUGAAGUCUUGGUUGGAAGAAUUGAAAUACUUUGAUUCUGAAGACUCCACCUGAAUACUUCUAUUUUUAGCUUGAUUUUCAUUACAAUAUGUAGGCAAAAACUGCUAACAAUAUGGUUUGGAUUUAUGCUUAAAAGAUGCCACAUCAGUUCUAUUGUUGGUGUUGUUAAAAUGUUGCAUGUGUUUAUUUAAAAAUAGUAACAAUUUCUUUUGUCAAGUUUUAUGUUUACAAACACCAAUAAAGCCCU